AUGACGAGUCAGCUGGACUCGUUCCGCCUGGUGAGGUAUGAGCUGUCUACAGGGAAGACCUGCCCAGCUGCCCACAAUGCACUGCUGCAGCAGAGACACAAUGCCGCCCCUGGGAUGUUUCUGAUGUACAUCAGAGGGAAGCUGCUGUUCGCUGACUACAUCUUCAACGGCUACAGCUGCUCAGUGAGGGAUCUCCACAAGCAGAUCUCUAAAACUAGAGGGGACUACAGACAGGGCCAGAGCCUGCCCUCAGACUACAAGUUCAGUGCCCAGGUGAAGAGUCCAGCUGUUGGGGACCCACCUGGCCACCAGGGGGCUCAGAAAGUCCCUGAUGAACGAAGAGACAUCUCUCAUGGAACACCUGCCCUGUUAGAGAAGGGAAAAGUCCCUGAUGGACGAGGAGACAUCUCUCAUGGAACACCUGCCCUGUUAGAGAAGGGAAAAGUCCCUGAUGGACGAGGAGACAUCUCUCAUGGAACACCUGCCCUGUUAGAGAAGGGAAAAGUCCCUGAUGGACGAGGAGACAUCUCUCAUGGAACACCUGCCCUGUUAGAGAAGGGAAAAGUCCCUGAUGGACGAAGAGACAUCUCUCAUGGAACACCUGCCCUGUUAGAGAAGGGAAAAGUCCCAAACCAGUGAGCGGAAAUUGACUCAGGGACCUGUGACAUCAUCGGUCACGUUAAAGAGAGACAUCACUCUGCUAAAAGCCAAAAAGACUUCUGCUGCAGCCUCACUGCCCGUACUCACACACUGAACAAAAGUCGGCUCAUGUCAGACCUGCAAGGUAAGGUCCUUUCUGGUGUCACAAGUCAUCAGGAGACACUGGAGAAAAACCUCAACCAGAGCUGGGCUAGCUGGCUGGACAUGGACAGUCUGCUGGGAGAGAGGCACUAAGUCUAAUAUUAGGUGCACUACACUGUAAAUGUCAUGAUGUCAUGGGACGUGCUACCUGUCCCAGACCUGCUGUUUUCAACUCUCUAGAGACAGCAGGAGCGGUAGAGAUACUCUUAAUGAUCGGCUAUGAAAAGCCAACUGACAUUUAAUCCUGAGGUGCUGACUUGCUACACCCUCGAUAACUUCUGUGAUUAUUAUUAUUUGACCAUGCUGGUCAUUUAUGAACAUUUGAACAUCUUGGCCAUGUUCUGUUAUAAUCUCCACCCGGCACAGCCAGAAGAGGACUGGCCACCCCUCAUAGCCUGGUUCCUCUCUAGGUUUCUUCCUAGGUUUUGGCCUUUCUAGGGAGUUUUUCCUAGCCACCGUGCUUCUACACCUGCAUUGCUUGCUGUUUGGGGUUUUAGGCUGGGUUUCUGUACAGCACUUCGAGAUAUCAGCUGAUGUACGAAGCGCUAUAUAAAUACAUUUGAUUUGAUUUGAUUUGAGAUCUGUAUUACAUCGAUAACUGUCUUGCACACGUCUUGUUUUGACUGAGUUGAAUUCAACGAAGCAAUGCUACACAUACUGUAAAUCACAGCACUUUAUAGAACUCAGUUGCGUCAUGGAAAGAUGUUCCUUAUUUUUCUACGGUCUACAAAUAAAGACUGUUGUCAAUAUGUGGACUGUUGUUUCCAUAUUCUCUGUCUUCAUAUCCUCCAGGAACAAAUGAAAACUGUUUCAAAGUGGGAAAAACCCCUGAAUGAUGAUCUACUGUUAUCUGUCUACCAGUACAAUUAUAUCAAACCCAGAGCUAUCCCAUUUCUUCCUGUUGUGACAUCAUACUGUUUCAGCUGAGAGAGACACUUCCUGACUGAUAAAGUGACUGUGUAUCAACCAAUGAUGAACGAGAGACUGGGAGAGAGAGAGAGAGAGAGAGAGAACUAUGGGUGACUCAGUGUUGCCUAAUGAGGAUUUUUAGAAUAGUUUAUACUGUGGAAUGUUCAGAGUGAGAAAUAUUCUGAUGAUAAGAGUGCUGACGUUAGCUUCUUCCCCUACUUCCUCAUAGAAAUCUGUGACCCGGCAAAGGAACUCCCACGCAUUCCUUCAUUUUCCACUAAACUCAGUUAUUUACUGGCUUUAAUUAGCACUGGUGACAGAGAGAAAUGUUCAAUUUAAGCACAGCAUGUGAUGCUGAAAUGCACAUGAAAUAUUUCAAAGAAGUUUGUGGGCUAUUAUUUGUAUUAUUGACCAGUGGUAUGAGCUGUGAUGACAAAUAUCAAGCUUCAACUACAUCUAGUCUAUUAUUAAUGAUGAUGACAUUAUGGUCAUGUAUAACAAAUGAAAUGUGUGUACGUAAGGGCCUUGACUUUACCCCAAGUCAUGGGACUCAAUCUUCCAUAAUUAUUUUGCACCUACAGACUGCCAGAUGUUGCAUGUAUUUGAUUUGUGGAGUUAAAUGGGAAAUCUGAAGUCGCUACCAAACCUGGAAUAACUAUAGUUUUAAUCAUGUUUUGUGGAAUGUAACUAUAGUUACUUUGGAGGUGACUACAAUUAUUUGAAUACAGAUCCCAGAAAAGGCAUUUGAAAAUAAAUCUAAGAAAGUAAAAACAUUUUUUUUAACUAUUUGAAAACAGAUCUGUGAAAGCAACUACUAAAUGUUAAAAAAAUAUAUUUGAAUACAGAUUUUAACUAAUGGGAGGGUUGUAUCUGGAACAGAAACGAUCGGAUUCAAUUAAAGGCAGGGCUGUAGGAGGAACUGCAUGUUGCAGAUAGAAAUAGAACGACUAGAGCAAACACAAUCUCCUAUUCUAUUCCAGUCUAUCUGAUAGUCAUAUUUCAUCUACACAAUACAUUUAUAUCGGAACUGUAACGGCUCUCGUUGGUGGUGGAAAGAGUAGACCAAGGUGCAGCGUGGAAAGUGUUCAUGAUUUUAAUUUAAAAAACACUCAAACAAAAUAACAAAGUUGAAAACGAAAAUGCACAGUUCUGUCAGGCAACAGUAACUAAACAGAAAACAAGAUCCCACAACCUAAUGGUGGGAAAAAGGGCUGCCUAAGUAUGAUCCCCAAUCAGAGACAAUGAUAGAUUGGGAACCACACUCGGCCAAAAACAAAGA